GUGAAAGAAAGAAGGAGUAACCAACGAAGUGACAGAGUCGUGGUUGCACGAGAGACACGAGCCGUCGAAUAAUUUGCGCAACAACAACAACAAUCAACGGGCAAUCGCGCGCAAUUUAUAUCGUUCGGUGCGUCCCACGUUUUACGGCAUGCAAUCUCGUCUCGACGGGUAAAUAUGAGAUUCCCGCUCCUAUUCGCCUCGAAAAACAAAGGCGUCUAACCUCGACGCGCGUCCUGUCGAAGACGAAACGAAGCUUCCUGUCGCUCGGCUAACCUCAAACAUGGGCUACAACAAGAAGGUGUCGUACUUCUACAACCCGGACGUGGGUAACUUCCACUACGGCCCGGGUCACCCGAUGAAGCCCCACCGAUUGUCCGUGAUUCACAGCCUCGUGCUCAACUAUGGCCUGCACAAGAAGAUGCAGAUCUACCGUCCGUACCGCGCCAGCACCCAUGACAUGUGUCGCUUUCACUCUGAAGAGUACGUAGAGUUCCUGCAGCGGGUGACGCCGCAGAAUCUGCAGGGCUAUACUAAGUACCUCAGCCACUUCAACGUGGGGGACGACUGUCCGGUGUUCGAGGGUCUGUUCGACUUCUGCUCCAUGUACACCGGCGCGUCCCUGGAAGGCGCCACCAAGCUGAACAACAACUGCUGCGACAUCGCCAUCAACUGGAGCGGCGGUCUGCAUCACGCCAAGAAGUUCGAGGCGUCCGGUUUCUGCUACAUCAACGACAUCGUGAUCGCCAUCCUGGAGUUGCUUAAAUACCACGCCCGUGUGCUGUACAUCGACAUAGACGUGCACCACGGCGACGGUGUGCAGGAGGCAUUCUACCUCACCGACCGGGUGAUGACUGUGUCCUUUCACAAGUACGGCAACUUCUUCUUCCCCGGGACCGGCGACAUGUACGAGAUCGGCGCCGAGAGCGGUAGAUAUUACUCUGUGAACGUACCGUUGAAGGAAGGCAUUGACGACCCGUCGUACGUCCAGGUCUUCAAGCCCGUCAUCUCGCACGUCAUGGAGUUCUUUCAGCCGACGGCGAUCGUGCUGCAGUGCGGUGCCGACUCCCUCGCCAACGACCGGCUCGGCUGUUUCAGCCUCAGCACCAAGGGCCAUGGCGACUGCGUCAAGUUCGUCAGAGACUUGAACGUGCCGUUGCUGACCGUCGGCGGUGGCGGUUACACUCUGCGCAACGUUGCUCGUUGCUGGACCUACGAGACCUCGCUGCUCGUCGAUGAGCAGAUCAGCAACGAGCUGCCGUACACGGAGUACUUGGAGUACUUCGCGCCGGACUUCACCCUGCACCCGGAGGUCGUUACCAGGCAGGACAACGCCAAUUCUAAGCAGUACCUCGAGGCGAUCACGCGGCAUGUGUGCGACAAUCUCAAGAUGAUCCAACACUCGCCCAGUGUGCAGAUGCAGGACGUACCGUGCGACGCGCUGCCGCCCGAGGAGGAGCGCCAGCCGGAGCCGGACCCGGACUCUCGGCAGAACGUACAGGACACGGACAAGAUCGUCGAGCCAGCGAACGAGUACUACGCCGGCGACAAGGAUCAGGACAAGAUGGACACGAACGAUACGUGAUGACGGGAAUCUGAGCACUACUGUCGGCUCUUCAGAGACCGCAACCACCGUUGGACGCGAUCUUUCCCGAGCGGCUUAGGUUUUACGUUAAUCAUCCGACUAACAGUCUCGGGAGCGAGCAGCUUCCGAGCAGUUUCUCGCAUCCGUGUAUCAGAUAAGACGAUGCUGUCUGAUCGACGACCGUUAUUUCACGCGAUCAGCCGUUAAACGCAACACACACCUGUAAAUAUAAGAUGUACAUACAAGCGGAUCCGGUUUCUAGCGAUAAUAAAGCAUACACUUUUUUACUCGCACCGUGUGUGACUUCGGGUUUAGUUUAGGUGACUUCUACCUGACGAGGCUAAGAAGCCUCCGUUUCAUCUGAUCAACAACGCAUCGAUUGCUACGAUAAUGUUCCUCGAUCGCCCCAAGACUCGACUCGAGAGUCUGAAUCGUCAAAGGCAAAAAAAGAAAAGCACACAAUUCAUCACUCAUAUAUUUAACUCGUUUCAUGGAAUCCCUAUUGACUCUAUGUUCUCUACGGAAAUUCAGAUUAUUUCAGUAAUAUAUCGCAACAACCAUCGUGAAGCCCCUUGACAGUCAACAUGGUUGGACGAUUGUUCGAUAUAGCGCGAUAGAACUUGACUCGAUCCGAGUCAACGAGAUCUGAGAUAUCCAGUUAGGCAAGUUUAUUUGUUUCACAUCAGACAGCGUGUCCGUUUGUUGUCUACACGAUAG